ACCACAGACUUGGUUUAAAGAACAAAAUUUUAGAAUUUCCCCAAAAAAUUCUCACUGCUUAACCACUGUGUAACUGAAAUUCAGAUACUCCCUCAAACCUCACAAAGAUUGAUACUCCAUUUUUGAUACCAACCCUUCUUCAAGCUGAUGCUUGUCUGUGCAAAUUCAAACCAACCAUGGAACUCACCACUCCCCACACUCUCUCUCCUGCCAAAAUGCAAGACCCAAAUAGACGUAAACCAAAUUCACUCUCGGCUCAUCACAACUGGCUUCAUCAAGAACUCUUUUUUAACCACCAAACUCAUCCUUAGUUUUUGUUCUUCACCAUAUACACCUCUCAUUCAAUUCGCUCGCUACUUAUUUUUCUCACAGCAAUUUGUUCAAAACAAACGAAACCAAGAAGAUCCAUUUCUUUGGAAUACAAUUAUCAAGUCAUUUUCCCAUGGAGAUGACCCAAAACAAGCUGUUUUGAUAUUUUGUUCAAUGCUUGAAAAUGGGGUUUGUGUUGAUAAAUAUUCGUUUUCUUUGGUGUUGAAAGCGUGUUCUAGAAUGGGUUUCAUUGAACAAGGAAUGCAGAUUCAUGGAUUGAUGAGGAAGUUUGAAUUGGGUUCUGAUGUGUUUUUGCAUAACUGUUUAAUUUGUAUGUACAUGAGACACAGACGUAUUGAAUUUGCGCGUCAAGUGUUUGAUAGAAUGCGUUGUAGGGACUCGGUUUCAUAUAAUUUGAUGAUUGAUGGGUAUGUGAAAUGUAGGAUGGUAAAUAUGGCACGUGAAUUGUUUGAUUCUAUGCCGGUGGAGAUGAGGAAUUUGAUUUCCUGGAAUUCUAUGAUCAGUGGUUAUUCACAAUUGGAAGAUGGGCUCAAGGUUGCGUGGAAGUUGUUAGAGAAAAUGCCUGAGAGAGACUUGGUUUCUUGGAAUUCAAUGAUUGAUUGCUGUGUGAAGUGUGGGAAGAUGGAUAUGGCGCGUGCUUUGUUUGAUAGUAUGCCAGAGAGGGAUGUUGUCAGCUGGGGUAUUAUGAUAGAUGGGUAUGCAAAAAUAGGCAAUCUUCAUGUCGCUAGGGGUUUGUUUGAUGGCAUACCCGAUAGGGAUGUAAUUUCUUGCAAUGCUAUGAUGGCUGGUUAUGUUCGGAAUGGGUGUUGCACGGAAGCAUUGAAAGUUUUUCAUGAUUUGUUAAGCCAGAGCAGUUUGUCUCCUGAUAAUGCCACUUUGUCGAUUGCUCUUUCUGCAAUUGCACAAUUAGGACUUGUUGAUGAAGGGGUUCAUAUACAUCGCUAUAUAGAGGAUAAUGGGUUUAUUAUGGGUGGAAACCUUGGUGUUGCCCUGGUAGCCAUGUAUGCAAAGUGUGGCAGAAUAGAGAAUGCUGUGCUAGUGUUUGAGGACAUAGAGGAGAAGAGUGUUGAUCAUUGGAAUGCAAUGAUUGGUGGGUUGGCCUUUCAUGGAUUGGGUGAAUUGGCCUUCGAUUUAUUUUUGGAAAUGGAGAGGCUUUCUGUGAAACCAGAUGAUAUUACCUUCAUUGGAGUGUUAAGUGCAUGCAGCCAUGCUGGAUUGCUGAAGGAAGGUCAAAUGUGCUUCGAGAUCAUGAGAAGAGUUUACAAAUUAGAGCCGAAACUCCAACACUACGGGUGCAUGGUUGACAUCCUUGGCCGGGCAGGUCAUGUAGAACAGGCCACAAAAUUUGUAGAGGAAAUGCCCAUUGAGCCAAAUGAUGUAGUUUGGAGGACUUUGCUUGGUGCUUGUAAGAAUUAUGAGUAUCUCGGCAUCGGAGAGCCAGUAGCUAAUCAUCUAAUGGGGAUAGAUUCUUAUAAUUCAAGCUCCUAUGUGCUCCUAUCUAACAUGUAUGCCCACUGUGGUUUGUGGGAAUAUGUUAAGAGGGUCAGGACAAUGAUGAAAGGAAGGAACCUGAAGAAAAUUGCUGGUUGCAGUUGGAUUGAACUAGAGGGAACUGUUCAUGAGUUCUUUGUGGGGGAUACAUCUCAUCAUCAAGUUAGGGAGAUAUAUUCCAUGUUGGACAGAUCAUUGACACUAAACUCAGAGGUCACCCCUUACAAGCUCUGUGUUGGAAACCAAAUGUAAGUAGCUAGAUUUUGUCAAAUUACAAUCAAACGAUCUUGAUAUAUAUAUUUACCUCAGCU